CGUAUCUGUAGAGGCUGCACAGAGAAGUCCAUCAAAAAAAACAAACCUUUUUGCCAUAAAAUGAUAAAAACAACCUACCUGUCGCAACAAAGGUGUGUCUUGUGAAGCUGUUCCAACUAGGUGGAGACUUAUUUUACAACCAGAGGUAUCUGCCUUAGGUAAAGGCAGCGACAGCGAUGGAAGCCCCGCUGGAAGAUGAGACUCCUGCCGGUGCUCUUGCGGGGACUGAAGGACCCAGCCAUGGAGAGGAGUUGAAAGCGUCGGACGAAGCUAUCACAUUCAUGUCCAGCGUUGAGCCCGCAGAGCUGCAGAAGUGUGUGUUCCCGGACUCUCUGGUGACUGUGUCAGAGGGCGGCAGAGACCUGGGGAAGUUCAGUGUGACGGUGGAGUUUGCCCGUAGAGUCCAGCAGCCCUGUAUGCUGCUGCAUGCUCAGAGCCAAGGAGCCAUUGACGGCUCCCCCUGUGGAACAACAGUGACAGCUUACCUGACUACUGACCUGGAGGUGCUGGAGGAAGAUUACCAUGAGUAUGUCAAGCUUGAAGGCCACAGUCUGGACAAGAGGUGCUACAUGGUGCAGCACGACGGGCAGAUGGUGAUUGAUAAAGUUACCACUGUUGGAGAGGAGGUGACGAAGGAGACUGCUUCUUAUCCCACGUCUGUCCUAAGAGGGCUGGUAACAGAGGGUUCCAUCUUGCUGCUGAUGCGCCUGAUCGCGCUGAGGAAGAAGACGCCAGAACACAUGACCUUCAUCUCCUUCGACCAGGGAUUACACAUCAUGCACACCACCUUUAAUGAGCUGGGUCUGAAGCAGCUGGAGGUUGGGGGUGAGACCGUGGAGGUAUUUGGGAUGGAGAGGAUUGCUCACUCUGUGGAGGACAGCCCCACCACCUGGCAGUGCUACUUCCUGGAUGAUGGGCACUUGGCCAGCAGAGUGCAGGUGGGAUCACCAGUCACCAUGAGGCUUCUGCAGCUGCCAUCACAGCUAGAAAAGGGUUUUGAGAAGAUACCCCUGGUUUGGGAAGAAGACAUGCAGAUGCACUCUAAGUUCCUGGACAGAAAGGAGGAGCUGAAGGCAGACCAUGACUCAUACCUGAGACAGCAUCCAGAGAUCCGUGCCCUCAUAUCUGACUUCCUGCAGUUCUUGUUGCUGAGAAAACCAGAUGAUGUCUUCCAGUUUGCCAGAAAGUACUUCCUCCCGUUUUCCGCCCGCCGUCCUCCAGAAUCAAGUCUUAAAGCUUCACCGUUCUGAAAACUCAACUCAUAAGCAGAAACUGUCUUUCCAAACUUGCUGUUUAUUUAUCACUUAAACUUAUUCUGAAGUUUAGAAAUUUAAUUUGUCUUUUCUUCUGAGUGACAGAUGACUAGUGCAACUGAGAACAAUAACCUUCACACCUGAGACUUCACCUGACCUAUCUGAUCUUGCCAAAAAAAAAAAAAAAA